CGUGUGGCGAUGCAGUGAUCAUGCCAGUGUGAAUAGCCUCAAUAUUAGUUUGUUUACAACGCAAAUUCUUUGACAGUUCUCGACACACCGGCUGGUUAUCAAACACCUUUCCCUAUUGUGCGAAACGUGAUUACCGCAAAAAAGUGCGUUUAAGCAAGUUUAAUGCAUUGAAUCGAAGUAAAAGAUGCUCAAGUGGCUUCAGUUUGUGCCAAAGAAAUGUAAUACGCUUUCUACCAGAAGUCUGUACGUCGGUGCAAUUGAUGGCGGGCUUUUGCGUCACGCCUUUCGCGCGGAUGAUGCAAACAAAGACGAUUUGCCACUGGUCGAUGAUUCGAUCUCGGCAGCGACAGCAUUGUGGAGAAAGGAAGAGCUCCUGUCGCGCUUGAAAAAUCUGCUCAACUGCAGCCACGAGCAGACGGAAAAAUUGUACAAAGCAAACAGGAAGGCGUUGCGCAUCUUUGCGCCGAAGCUCCUCACCGAUAACAUCGAGCUGCUGCGAGCGAAUGGGAUCCAGGAUAAGUUUAUCUACGAGAACCCGCGCGUACUUUCAACACCCACAGAUGAGCUUUCUACAAAAUUGAAAUUAUUGCGCGAACUUCCUGCAGUGGAAGAUAGCAAAAUGCUUUCGCCGUUCCUAAAAGCAUCGCUCAAAUCUAUCCAGCGAAUGAUCGAUGUGGCCAAGCAGGAGACAAUACCCGGUGGAAAUCGUAUCAACUACAUCAGCGAACGGACCGGCACCGAAGUUCCUGUUGUGAUCAAGUUCUUCGCCACCAACAUACGCGUGUAUCGUAUCGCACUGGAAAAGUUCAUUGCCAACUUGAACCUCUGUUUGGACCAUCUCGAACCGGCUCACGUUGUGCGGCAUCUGUCGGUGUUGGCCUACGCACCGGCUUCAAUAGAGGAACGGUUGAAGGCAUUGGAAAACUCGCCGCUGGAAAAGAUUAAACCGUGGAUGGUGCGCGUACCGGACAUCGCGCUUGGCAAAUCGUUUGAAGAAGUGAUCGAGAAAGGCAAACAACCAGUGUUUAAAGAUAGCGUCACAGGCACAUGGUUUGAGACGUACGUGCUCAAACGCAUGGAAUCGUUGCUCGGCUGCACGGAAGAAGAAAGCCGAGAAAUUUACGAAAAGUGUAAAGGAUCAGUUCACUUGGUGGAAAAUAUUGAGUUCCUGCUGGAGAAGGGAGUGCUGGCCGAAACGAUCAUAAAACAUGCCACAAUACUGAUGGGAAAGCGGGAAGAUCUACAGCAAAAGAUAACCACAAUAGGAACGCUCCAGUGCUUGCGAAAUCUAAACGACGUUAUACCAUUGUGUGUUUUGAAGGCAUACCAGCUGAAAAAGAUCGUUACCAAUCUUAACAACGAGCAGCUCGGCCGCGUCAAUACGAACCGGAUAUAUUACUUCUCCGACAGUACCGGCUUUCUACCGAGCGAAGUGACGGAACAGUUUGCCCGCCGAACGUUCAUGUUUCGCAUACCGAAGGAUAGCUUUCUCGCCAAUCUGAAACUAUUUAUGGAGCACAUGAAUCGGGAAGAUAUUCUCGCGGACCUAUGGGCCUUCAAGUACUCGCCGGGUAUAGUAGCCGAACGUAUUGCAAGGGCGAAAGAGGUGCGCGGAAAGAAGCUGAUGCCAUGGAUGGUUCGCUGUCCGGAAGUAGUGCUGGAGAAGUCGUUACAGCUGACCAAGGAUAGUGGCGCACUGCUCGGGGAGAAUGAAACGAUUGUUGAAUAUUUCUGCAAGCGAUUAGGGUUCAAUCAGGAGGUAGCUAACUCGAUCAUCAUAAAAGCACCAUCGGUACGGAAUGUGCGCAUAACGAAGGUGAAAAAAGUGAUCGAUUAUCUGCUGGAUGAGCUUGAUUACACACCGAACGAUAUUGCGCUAAACCCGCGCAUACUGAUGCACAGUUUGCAGACGACGAAGAAGCGAAUGGCGCAGCUAAAGGAAAUCGGUUGCCGGCCGAAAUCGUUGAUAAUCGUUUGCAAAAGCCAGCGGCAGUACGAUUUGUUCGUGAAGGAAUGGGUAGAUUCAAAGGAGCGGAAGAAGAAAAUACAGCAGUAUGGUUAAGUAGAUCGAAACCGGGAGAAGAUUAGCUGUUGUACGAAAAAGUUUGUUGGAAUAAACGCUUGCUAGAUGAUAAGGAGAGACGGUUGAAAGUAGCCAAAGAGUAAAA